ACAUCACGUCAAUGGAAACAGAAUGGUAGAACCUUUCCCAGAGGGAACACAGAUGGCUGUAUUUGGUAUGGGCUGUUUCUGGGGAGCCGAGAGGAAGUUUUGGAGACAGAAGGGAGUCUACUCCACUCAAGUGGGUUACGCAGGAGGGUAUACUCCAAAUCCUACCUACAAAGAGGUCUGUUCAGGUAAAACUGGCCACACAGAGACUGUACGAGUAGUAUAUCAGCCAGAAAACAUCAGCUUUGAGAAACUGCUCAAGGUCUUCUGGGAGAAUCAUGACCCGACACAAGGAAUGCGACAAGGUAAUGACUUUGGCACGCAGUACCGCUCGGCCAUCUACACGUUUUCUCAGGAACAGAUGGAAGCUGCCUUGAGAUCCAAGGAAGAAUAUCAAAAGGUAACAUUGGGCAGGGAGUGGAACUGCUUCACAUAUGAGCGGAGGGCAGAUCUCCAUGCUGAUCCAGAAGAUGAAGAUUUAAAGGGCUCAGUUGACUUGCCUACAGGAGUCUAG